AUGGGUCUCUUCGGAAACAAACGUGAAAAAUGUGAAAAGGUAGAUAAAUAUGAAUAUCAUGCAUCAACCAAAGGUAAUCGAGCUGGUGGAUAUGGUCCACCAGCAUUACCAGGCACACCGCCAUCACCAUAUCUUUCACCUGCUGCACCAUAUUAUGAUGGUUUUGGACAAGUUGCUCCACAAGGUAAAAUGGGAAAAUAUGGUAAAUAUGCUGGACCAAGUAAAAGUCUUUAUGCAGCUGAUCCAAUGCAACAAGCUAUGCUAUUACCACCACAAUCAUCAGCCGCAAUGCAAGCUCAAGCAGCUGCUAUGAUGCAAAUGCAACAAUAUAUGCAAGGACAAAGUGCUGGUGCACAAUUUGCUGGUAUUCUUCCACCUAUUCAAAUGCCAUUAGCUGCUGCUCAACAAGCUGGUUUAGUUCCACCUCAAGUUCAACAAUAUUAUGGUUAUGGUGCUCAACAAGUAGCAACACCUUACUAUGAUCCAAAUAGUGGAGCUUUUCAACAACAAGGUGCGUUUGCUCCUUAUCAACAACCAAAUUUUUAUGAUCCAGCAGCUGCAGCUAUGUAUGCUGGUCCUUAUGGUUAUAUGCCAGCUGCUUAUUAG